CUGGUUGUCCCCUGGCUCCGCCCGCCCUCCAGAUGCUGUGCGGUCAUGAGCCGGGAGGGCGCGGGCACCUCUCUGGUGGCCGAGGUGAUCCGAGAUCGCCUUUGUUUUGCCAUUCUCUACAGCAGACCAAAGAGUUCAUCAAAUGUACAUUAUUUCAGCAUAGAUAAUGAACUUGAAUAUGAGAACUUCUACGCAGAUUUUGGACCCCUCAAUCUGGCAAUGGUUUACAGAUAUUGUUGCAAGAUAAAUAAGAAAUUAAAGUCCAUUACAAUGAUAAGGAAAAAAAUUAUUCAUUUUACUGGCUCUGAUCAGAGAAAACAAGCAAAUGCUGCUUUCCUUGUUGGAUGUUAUAUGGUUAUAUAUUUGGGGAGAACUCCAGAAGAAGCAUAUAGAAUAUUAAUGUUUGGAGAUACAUCUUAUAUUCCUUUCAGAGAUGCUGCCUAUGGGAGUUGCAGUUUCUACAUUACGCUUCUCGACUGUUUUUAUGCAGUAAAGAAGGCAAUGCAUUAUGGCUUCCUUAAUUUCAACUCAUUUAACCUUGAUGAAUAUGAACAUUAUGAAAAAGCAGAAAAUGGAGAUUUAAAUUGGAUAAUACCAGACCGAUUUCUUGCCUUCUGUGGACCUCAUUCAAGAACCAGACUUGAAAGUGGUUACCACCAACAUUCUCCUGAGGCUUAUAUUCCAUAUUUUAAGAAUCACAACGUUACUACCAUUGUUCGUCUGAAUAAAAGGAUGUAUGACGCCAAACGCUUUACGAAUGCUGGUUUCGAUCACUAUGAUCUUUUCUUUGCGGAUGGCAGCACCCCUACUGAUGCCAUUGUCAAAGAAUUUCUGGAUAUUUGUGAAAAUGCUGAGGGUGCCAUUGCAGUACAUUGUAAAGCUGGCCUUGGACGGACGGGCACCCUGAUAGCCUGCUACAUCAUGAAGCAUUAUAGGAUGACAGCAGCUGAGACCAUUGCUUGGGUCAGAAUCUGUAGACCUGGCUCAGUGAUUGGGCCUCAGCAACAAUUUCUGGUGAUGAAACAGACAAGCCUCUGGUUGGAAGGUGACUAUUUUCGUCAAAAGUUAAGGGGUCAGGAGAGUGGAAAACACAGGGCAGCUGUCUCAAAACUCCUUGUGGCUGUUGAUGACAUUUCCAUCAGUGGGGUGGAGAAUCAAGACAAGCAAGACCCUGAACUGUACAGUGAUGAUGACGAAAUCAACGGAGUGACACAAGGUGAUAGACUUCGGGCCUUGAAAAGCAGAAGACAAUCAAAAACAAACGCUAUUCCCCUCACAGUAAUUCUUCAGUCCAGUGUUCAGAGCUGUAAAACAUCUGAACCUAACAUUUCUGGCAGUGCAGGCAUUACUAAAAGAACCACCAGAUCUGCUUCAAGAAAAAGCAGUUUUAAAAGCCUGGUUCCUCAGAGGGAAAGAAGGAAAAGGAAUGCUUUGCAGCAAAUGCCCUUAAUGGCAUUAUGUCCCUCCAUUUCAAGGACUAAAACAGUCUUGCGUUAAGUAAAAACCUGUGACCAGAACUGAAGGAAGACUCUAGGAACAGAAAACCACAACAGGACUUAGCACAAUUUAUUUGGAAACAAAACAAAAUUGCAAAAGCCUUAGCUGCUUUCCACCUAAGAAGUGUAUUCAAGGAAGAAAAUAUCCACUGGAGUUGAAAUAACUGCAUGAGUUUGGGUACAAGUGAAUGACUUGAAGACAGCCCAACUCUCCUUUGGUAGAAACGUCUCAAGUUUACGACAAAAAAGCUGUUGUAAAUUGAGUCUCAGGUGUAAAUAUCCAAGCCCUCUGUUAUCAGGAGAGCUGACCAGUCUGUGCGGUGCAUGUGUGUCCCUGUGAUGGCAAUCAUUUUAGCUGCUGGCCUUCAGAAGAAUUGAGGAUCUGAUGGAGGUUUUUUACGUAUUUAUUUUCUGUUUACCCUGUGUCAAAAUUUAUCAAGAUAAAACAGGCAUUACUGAAAUGGUACUUUCUGUAAUUUGAUACUAUUUGGUUUAAUCAUCUUCACUUUAAUAUUUGUAAUACUCUUGUAAUUUAACUUUGUUAAGUACCCAAGCUGCUUGUCUUCCACCAAAGAGUGCUUUAUUAACAAGAAUCUGAAAACCACAUUUGAAGACUGCUGCAUGUUGAGAUAUAAAGUGGUACUUUUGUAACCUAGAACUUGCAAGAGAAUAUUAAUGAUAGCUUUAGAAGACUCAGGAGGAAAAACUGGCUUCAGAGUUGGAAGAUUGUUGUAAGUCAUUUUUAUGUCGUUUAGGGACUGAAGAAUGCCAAGGCUGCCCACUGUUUGCUUGCCCAGUCAUACAAAUUAAAAUCAUAUUUCCUUCCUUGCAUAAAUAUCCCCCACACUGUUGGUGUUUCCCCUUGGAAACAGCAAUCCCAAAUAAUGGUGGCUUUU